UUAGCAAGACGACCUUGUCUUUCUUUGAUAAACCCGACUCACUACUUUCUCUCCCUCUCUUCCUUUCUCUCUCUCUCUCUCUCCCACACUGCAGCACCAGUUCCUGAGGAUUAACAACAGCUCUCCAAAUCCAACAUACCCACCAUGGCCGAAGCCCAAGUCUUCACAGCCGACGCAGCCCAAGAAGUCAUUGACUCGGUCGUAAAAUCCAUUCCCGCAGACGAAAUCGACGCAACAUUCAAAUCCGACAGCAUAGACCUCAUCAACAAAGCUCUCGGAUCGCGCAUCAUCUCCUUCUCCGACGAAUGGUUCGCUGCCGCCGAAAAUCUUACCACGCCAACCCCUCCGAUUCGCAAACCGGGCGUGUUUGUCUUUUCGGGUGCUUGGUAUGAUGGAUGGGAGACCCGUCGACACAAUACAGAAGAGUUUGAUUGGGUGGUGAUUCGAUUGGGGGUCGCGAGUGGGAGAGUCAAGGGAGUGGAAAUUGAUACGUUUGCGUUCAAUGGGAAUCAUGCGCCCGAGGUUGCUGUGCAAGGGGUUUUUGUGGGCGGGGAAGAGGAAGAAGAGGAGGUGAAGAAGGCGGAGUUUUGGGAUGGUGGGAAGAAGAGAGGGGUGGAUACGAUUUUGGCGAGGCAAGAGUGUGGACCGAGUCAGAGACAUGGUUGGUUGUUACCUGCGUUGACGGAGAAGGCGUAUACGCAUGUGAGGUUGCAGAUGUUUCCCGAUGGAGGAAUUGCACGGUUUCGGUUGUUUGGACAGGUCGUGCCUGUUCUUCCACAGGAUGUGAAUGAGGUGUUUGAUCUGGCGGCGACGGUGAAUGGAGGUGUGGCAGUUUCAUGUUCAGAUCAGCAUUUUGGCACCAAAGACAAUCUGCUCCUACCCGGACGAGGCGUGGAUAUGGGAGAUGGAUGGGAGACGAAGAGAUCUCGAGGAGAACAUGUGGACUGGACGAUCAUCAAGCUCGGCAUCCCGGGUCUGAUUGAGAAGAUUGUGGUUGAUACUGCACACUUCCGAGGCAAUUUUCCACAAAAAGUGCAAGUGUUCGCUGCUCCCGCUGCGGAAAAUGCCCCGAGUGCUGAUGGCAGUGAGUGGGUCGAGGUUCUGACGCCCCAAAAGACCGGUCCGGAUAAGGAGCACGAGUACACCAAGCAGGAGCUGUCCCAGAUCGAUCAGGCAUAUGGAUACGUGAAGUUGGUGAUCAUCCCCGAUGGAGGUGUCAAGCGAAUCCGUGUCUUUGGCAGGAGAGCUUAGACGGGGCCGACCGGGGGAAGAGCAUUCUUUGCUCCCUAGGUAUGUCAGGAACAUCAACGCUGGGCUCUUUAUUGGUGCACGUGUUACGGAGUGUUCGAAGAGCGAAUCGUCUCGAUGGAGCCACCUGCUGCGGUUGGGCCUCCGCGUGUUCUCCUGAUGAUCGGGCCUCCGACGCUGAGCCGCCCAGCGCGAUGAUGGCCGCAAGACAUCACAGAGAUGAGGCUGCUGUUCAGUGAUGCCGAGACUGCUUAUGCCACGGCAUGAUCGGACCCCCGUGACGAACUAUGGAUCAUGUACCCAUCUCUGAGGGAGAGAGAGAGAGCAUAAGGUAGGUAUGUAGUACCCGUAGGAGACUCCACGAAAGAAUAUCUACCUACAUACAUAUCUUUUUCGAGCCAGAGGAACUCCCUUCUCAUCCAUCUGCUAGUUCUAUUCACAUAUCAAUCAACCAACUAACAAUCAAUACAAAAC